AUGUCUUCCCCAGACCCUGACACAGUACCGUCGCACGAUCCUUUAGCUGACAAUGAUGAUCCUAUGCGUGGCUCAGGUGACGAAGAAGAAGAAGGUGAAGGUGAUGCAGUCAUGCCUGGAAUAUCAGACGACAGUUCCGAGGAGGGGGAAGAUGACGAAGAAGAGGCACGCAGAAUUCGAGACGGGUUCAUUGUUUCUGAAGAAGAAGAAGACUCUGAGGAAGAGGCUCCUCGUCGGAAGCGCAGAAAACGUAGAAAGAAACACCACCGUGCAGAAGAAGAGACGUUAGAAGAUGACGAUUUGGAACUAUUGGAAGAGAAUACGGGAGUUGCAUAUAAAAGACCCAAUCGCUUAACCCGCCUUCGUCGCCACGACUCAGAUUCUCCACCAGCCGCGUCUUCUUCAAAGCGUCGGGCAGUUGUAGAAUCAUCAGAAGAUGACCUCGACAACGAUGAGGACACACACGAAGUUCCUGAUAUUCGCAAGAUUUGGGACGAUGAUCGUCGUGGAGAAGACGAUGAUGAGGAUAUGUCGGAUUUCAUUGAUUAUAGUGAAGAUGAAGAGGGUGCAGCUAUGAAUGAGGAGGCUCGCGAAGCUAGGAGGCUUGAGAAGAAAGAGGAACAAUCUCGACGCAAAAGAGCAAGGGCGCGCCCGGAGUUGGUUGGAAUUGAUGCAAUUGCUUGGGACGAAAUCCACGAAGUUUUCGGCGAUGGACACGAAUAUGACUGGGCUUUGGUCGGCGAUGAUGAAGCGGACCUGGAAGAGGACCGUUAUAAGCCAGACAUGAAGUACCAAGAUGUGUUCGAACCAUCAGAAAUCAAAAAACGAAUGCUCACUGAAGAUGAUGACCUCAUCCGUGUCCAAGAUAUUCCAGAACGAAUGCAGCUGGCCACCUCCACCCUUUCUGAAACGUCGUCUCUCUCUACUCAUAUUCGAUUGACAGAAGAGGACCUUGGAGAUGCUGCCAUGUGGGUCACCACACGUCUUUCUCACCAGAAACAGAAAGAGUACUUCGGCAGCGAUGGUAGUCAUCAGCAGCUACAAGGAGCCCUUGUACUGGCUGUGACCUUUGCUUUGCGCCAAAUCUUUGUAGAAGAAUAUGAGGUUCCUUACACGUGGGCCCACAAACAAGACUAUAUAACCCAUUUCGAUACCAACGGCGGGCCUUCCGUGCAUCUUCUCAGCCUCCCCGAACUUUGGCAAAUCUACAACCUCGGCCAAAAGUAUAGAUCACUUCUAGAGAGACGUCACGUUUUAACAGCGCUGUACGAGAGAUUGCAGGUCACCGACGAUUACUUUACAGUGGAAAUUCUUCCCCAAAUUGACAGUGUUGAACUCGUUGCUGAUGCCACUGAAUGGCUCAAUAUGAAAUACAAGAAUAAAAGGCCGGAUUAUAUCUCCGACUUUCGAUUCCAUGACGACGAUGAGCCAGAGGCAGCAAAGAGACGAAAAAUGCCCAGUCGAGUUUCUGCUUAUGAGCUCACGAAAAAGAGCGUUGUUUCUAAGCUCGCCGAGGGAUUUGGUAUCAAACCUCACGAUAUUGUCUUGAAUCUCCUGGCCGAAACACAUACCCAUUUUGUUGAAGACACCGAACUACACCCCGUUGCGUUUGCGGAGCAAUUUUCUGACCCUGAUCCUAGCAAAGCUCUGGCUCCCGAGGAGUUGCUUCGACGAGCACGUAUGAUAAUCUCAACUGAACUAGGAAAAGAUCCCCUUCUGCGUAACCAAAUUCGCAAAAUCUUCAAAGAAAAUGCCCAUGUUUCCGUCGAACCUACCGAACGAGGCAUUACCAAAAUCGACGAGAGCCAUCCUUAUUUUAACUUCAAAUAUCUAUUGCAGAAGCCAAUUGACGAAAUGUUGACCACCCCGCAAUUUUUGCUCAUACUAGCAGCAGAAUCGGAACAUUUGGUAACAGUUACGAUUUCUAUCCCUCCUGCUGUCAAGGCAGAUUUUGAGCGGCGGCUCAGUGAUGCGUUCGCCUCCGAUAAUUUCAGUGAAUCUGCCAAAGCGUGGAAUGCAGAACGCCUGCUCGUUGUCCAUGAGACUCUAGAACAGCAUUUGAUACCCGCUGGAGUGAAGUGGACCCGAGAAUAUGUUCGCGAGGAGGCGGAAGACUUUUUGGCUAGUAAAUGCAGCGAACGUUUACGGGAGCGGGUUAAUGUUGCACCUUAUGCUACUGCUCGUGAACCUAGGUAUGGCGAGGGUACAGCUUCUGUUUUGGCUAUUUCUUGGGGCAAAGGAGACCCUCAUAAGGACGCUAUUACUUUGGUCUAUGUCGAUGAAGCCGGAAGAAUGCGCGAACAUACCAAAAUCGACAAUCUUCACGAUCAAGACAACUUGGAUGAGUUCAAAGACCUUGUAUCAAGGCGGAAACCUGACGUUGCUGUUGUCGGUGGGUUCAGCAUCGUCACGCUGAAACUUAUGAAUCGAGUCAAGGAAAUACUUGGGUCACCUAGUGACCCUAAUUCGGGUGAACAAGCAUGGACUCAACCGACAGAGGAGGGUUUCAAUAUUCCUGCGAUAUAUGUGUUCGACGACGUUGCACGCAUUUAUCAACAUAGCAAGAGGGCUGCGGAUGAAUUUAGUGCUCUCUCACCAACUGCCAAGUACUGUGUCGGUCUAGCCCGCUAUGUACAAAGCCCUCUCAAUGAAUUCGCCGCUUUAGGAUCAGACAUAGCGGCUAUCUCAUUUGACGAAGAAAGUCAAAACUUGAUUCCGAAGGAAAAGUUGUUGUCUGCCUUCGAACAGGUUCUCGUCGAUGUGACCAACAAAGUGGGUGUAGAUAUAAACCGAGCUGUGACAGACCCGUAUUACCAGCAUGUACUUCCCUUUGUUUGUGGUCUUGGUCCUAGGAAAGCACAGAUGCUCGUCAAGAAGAUAGCUUCUCAAGGAGGCACCAUUGUGAACCGUGAUCAAUUUAUCAAAGCCGGGCUCUUGACUACAAAAAUAUUCUUGAAUGCAGCAGGGUUUUUGCGUGUUAUACAGGAUCGUGACAACAGUAGGCCAGGAAAAUAUCGACCUGAUGACGAAAACGCCCCUGACCCACUCGAUGAUACGCGCAUUCAUCCCGAGGAUUACGAACUUGCUCGCAAGAUGGCUACAGAUGCACUCGAAUUGGAUGAAGAAGAUAUCCACGAUGAGCACCCAUCGCAAGUAGUUACUUCAAUCAUGAAUGACGGCGACAAGGAGAGGAAGCUGACUGAACUGAAUCUGGGAGAGUUUGCCACCAGCUUGUUCCAGGCCAAUCAGGAUCAAAAACGGCACACUCUAGAUGUCAUCCGUGAAGAACUUGUUAUGCCCUUCCGAGAAAAGAGGGAGAAGUUCCUCCUUCCGAAAGAUUGGGACAUAGUCACCAUGCUCAGCGGAGAGACGCCGAAGACGCUUGGUGUAGGGCUCAUUGUUUCAGCGCUAGUAUAUCGCACGACUCCGGAUUCGGUCGGCGUCCGUCUUGACUCUGGUAUUGAAGGAUUCAUCUCAACUGAAUUCCUUCCCGAGAUGGGUCGGAAACCUAGAGAUGUAAUGAAGAAAGGCCAAACGAUAACUGGAAUUGUCAUUGACCUGAUAUUUCGUCUACGGCAAGAUGAAUUUUUGGUCAGUCUUUCGACCCGGCCUGGUGAUUUAGACGGAGGCGAUUAUCUAUUCAGAAAUGUUCGGCCAGAUCAACGCUAUUGGGACGAUACUCAUUAUAAGAAGGAUCAAGAUAUGUUGGCCAGGAAGAAACGGGCCGAAACAGAUCGAACUCGUCGUGUUAUUAAACACCCCAACUUCCACAAUUUCAAUACCGCCCAAGCUGAGGCGUACCUUGAAAAGCAACAGCGUGGAGAUGUUGUAAUUCGGCCAUCUUCCAAAGGCAUUAAUCAUCUUGCUGUUACAUGGAAAGUUGACGAAAGACUUUACCAGCAUAUUGAUGUUACCGAAAUGAACGCCGACCCUACUGGCCAAACAAUCGGGGGACAGCUUGUUGUCGACGCGAACCACAUCUACUCUGACUUGGACGAACUUAUAGUCAAUCAUGUCCAGGCUAUGAGCCGUCGCGUGGAAGAACUGAUGGCUCAUGAAAAGUUCAAGCACGGUUCGGAAGAUGAUCUGCACAUAUUUUUGAAGAACUUCUUGGCUGCUAACCCUUCGAAGAGUAUGUACGGCUUUACACUUAACAGAAAGAAGCCAGGUCACUUCAACCUGUGCUUUUUGGCCAACAAGAACUCCACUGUUCAGACCUGGCCUAUCCGAGUUGCACCUGAAGCAUACUACCUGUUUGAUGCUCCUGCAGUGGGGGUACCGGAGUUGUGCGAUGCAUUCAAAGUACGACACCUCCACGAAUCACAAAAUGUGGCGGCCGCAGCUGCAGGAGGAAAGACACCGUAUGGUGCUGGUGCUCGAACCCCUGCUCGUAUUGGUGGUGCCACUCCAGGGCAUUUGUCAAUUCGCAAUCCAGGUCGUACUCCCAACCCUUAUGGAGGCGCACACACACCCUUUGUCCCUCCACAUCAUACUCAGGGGCCUCCUUCAAACUACAUGCCACCCCCACCCACGUCAUAUGCCGGUUAUCAGACACCAUCUCUCCGCCCUCCAGUUUAUGGUCAACACCCGCACCCGCCUAUGGGUGGACCUCCACCCAAUAUGAACCCUCCUCGUCCCGGCAGUGUGUGGGGUGGAGGUGGAGGUUGGAGUUGA